GUCGCGGUUAUGGCUUCGUAGACAAGACUCACUUUGUUUAUACCUCGGUGCGGAGCUCAGUCGCUGGUGUAGUGUUCAUACUUAACAUUAUUUUAUAAAUUUAAACGUUUUAAAAGACAGCCUUGAAUAUAGCUCUUAUUGUCCGGGAGUUUCUCGCUGAUGGGGCUGAGUUGUAUGGCUGAAUGAGGCGAUCGCCCAUGGUGCCGUAGAAGGAUGAACUCCAUCGCCGGUCGGGAUCUCAGCGUGUUCGCUAGUGCUGUCAGCAGCAACCCCGGAGCUUCAUCCUCCAGAGUGCUGCAUGUGGAGCUCACGUCACAGCAGAGGCGUUUACGUCACUUGCGGAGCAUAGCAGCCCGUAACAUUGUGAACAAGAAUGGCUCUCCUCUGCUGGACACUUACUUCACCCUUCACCUCUGCCAGGAGGAUCGGAUAUCACGAGAUUUUUAUAAGAGUGAAGUCAUCCGAGACUCAUUGAAUCCUACAUGGCGGAGUUUAGAUUUUGCCAUGUUGCCGGACCUCUUGGACACAUCUGUGUCGUGUUUUGUGGUAAGAAUAUGGGGAGGAAGGGAAGAAGAGUACCAACUGCUUAUUGAGUGGAAGGUCAACCUGGAUGGGCUCAGAUACACAGGACAACAGAUUCGCUCCAGAAACCCAAAUGAGAUCAUCUUUGGACUAAAUGAUGGCUACUAUGCAGCUGAGUUUGAUCAGAAGGAGAGUUCUGACAGGAAGAAGAACAGUUUGCUUCAGGUGGAUCAGAGCUCAGUUAGGAACUCCUGCAGUGUUUUCUCCCUGCUGAGGCUGCAUACGGCACAGAGAGCUAUUAAGCAGACUCAGGUGACGGUUCAGAAGAUCGGCAUGGAAAUUGAAGAGAAACUGAGGACAACUGCUACCUGCACAGAGAAGAAGAGUGAGAGGGAAUGUAUGCAGCUGGGGAUCGGGAUUCUGAGGUGUGAAUUGGAGAGACAGAGAAAGGCACUGGCGAGAGAAAUGGACAUGUUGCACAAAGAGAGGGCACAGUUUCAAAAGAAAGAGGAGGCGUCAUCUACUAAGCAUCAGGGACUGGAUUCUGAGCGCAAAUCUUUAACCGACUUGCAAAAAGAAUGUACUGCCAAAAGAGAGUUGUUUCUGAAGUCCAAUGCCCAGCUCACCUUCCGCUGUCGUCAGCUUAUAUCAGAACUGUCCUACAUUUAUCCCAUUGAUGUGAACAAUCAAAAUGAUUAUGUGAUUUGCGGUGUGAAACUGCCCAAUUCUGAAGACUUUCAAGCAAAGGAUGAUGGGAGUGUGGCUGUGGCUCUGGGUUACACGGCACACUUGGUGAUGAUGAUAUCGUGCUUCCUGCAGAUUCCGCUCAGGUAUCCGGUCAUCCACAAGGGUUCCCGCUCCUCUAUCAAAGACACCAUCACCGACAAACUCAGCGAAAAGGAGAGAGAGUUCCCCCUACACCCCAGAGGAGAGCGUUUCCAGUUCGAAUACGGGGUCUACUUGCUCAACAAAAACAUCGCUCAGUUGAGGUACCUGCAUGGGCUCUCCACGCCGGACCUGCGUCAGACUUUGCCCAAUUUAAAGAACUUUCUAGAGCAUGGAUUGCUUGUACGAUGUGACAGGCACCACAUCUCCAUGUCCAUCCCUGUCCCUCUGAAGUGUCAGCUCAGUGUCUCCACCGUGUCUGAAGUGGGCUUUCCUUCCCAGACCAGCCCCCCGGACCGAGGCAUCCAGAAGCAGGCUGGAUCAGAUGCUGACAAGCUGAAAUACAGAACCCCUCCACCCAGUUACAAAACAGCCGUGGCUCAAUCCGAUCCCAUGACCACACUGGAGGUUCCAUCCGAGCCGUCCUCUGCAAGCAUGGAGGUAGCAGAGAUUGUAGAGCCACAUGGGGAUGCAGAUGGGGAUGUAGAAGCAGAGGCUGCAUGCGAGGUGCAAACUGAGCCAGUGCAGGCUGAAAUGGAGAAGCCUAUGGAGGUACUUACAGACAUUGCAAGUUGUAUUGCACCUUCUGACUGUAUACACUGCUCCUCCACCAACCAGCAUCCAGGGGCAAUGAAUGGCUCGGCCAUGCCCAAUGAAGGUAUGGGACUGGGUGUUGUAGGUGGAGCGGAACUGUGCUGCUCGGUGGAACAGGCGGAGGAAAUAAUGGGCACUGAAGCCACAGGGCUAGGUUUGGGACUAGGAUUAGGAUUGGGGUUAGGCGGAAGUUCAAGACUAGACGAUUACCCCUGCAUACCUGUGGAGCGUGCAGUGGCGGUCGAGUGCGACGAACAGGUUUUGGGGGAGUUUGACGCCGCUGGGAUCGAGGAGGUCUCGCGACGCAUCUAUGCACUAGAGAACAUGUCCAGCUUCCGACGGCCUCGGAAGAACUCGGAAAAAUGACUGAGAUACAUGGACCUGGUGAAACGAGUCAGAAGUCAAAGGUGUCCAUGUAGGUCUGUGAGCCUACGUAAUGUUUCACCCUGACUGCAACAAGUAUAGACAUUACAUAAAGAAAUAUAUUAUUAUUAAUAUUAUUAUAAGUAUUAAUAUUAUUAAGGAAAAAUCUGGUAUAUUGUCCAAUUUGCACUUCUCAAAACAUUUCUAUAAUCCUUUAAAGUGGAAAUAAAGCAAAUGUUUGUAUUUGAAAUGCUUGAUGGCUGUCUUUCUGGGUGUGUGGUAGGCCUGUGUGUUUGGAUUUGGAGUCUUAAAUGCCACUCAGUAUUACAACAGGAGCUCUGGCACGUCAGGACCAACCUGAGAGCAAAGCGAGAUAUAUUUACGAGGCUCAGCGCCAGGAGUACUGCCUGUCAGUCGGGGUGGGCAGCAAAGGCGGGGAAUUACUGUGCGCCAAUGACACCCUUUCACAUGCUGCAUACCCGAGCCCUGCUUCCAAAACAUGAAAACCACAAACGCACGCACACACAUUGCACAAACCUCUUCACUUUACUCUAUUUUCACAGUCUGAAAAAACUGACCUUUGCAAGACAUUUAUUCUUUGUGGUUUAUUCAUCCAUUAAUAAACCAAUUGUACUUCACAGUCCAAAAUUUUUAGGACAAAACCUUUACUGUUGGGUUAAUGCUGCGUUUACAUCUUGUUGGAAUUACCUUAAAUAUGAGUAUCCGGUUAGUAAAAUCAAUUUUCUUUUAAGCUUGUAACAAGUUGGAAACUCAAACAUUUAUGAAAGCUCCAACUUCUCCCACUUGACCAUUUUGACAACAUGUAAAAACAACCACAGUGGCUUCAACAGUUUAAGGUAGUUGCCACCAUGUACAAUUACUCAGAUAUCAGAGAAACCAAAAUGCAAUUGAUGUGCACUGUAUACUGUUGAUUUAUGGCAUUACUCCUCAUUGCAUGGCACAGACCGGUUAUCUGUGUCAUUUCCUCUAUAAACAAUAUUCACAUGCCUACAGAGCUUUCAGGAGCCUUUUCAGACAUACUCAAGUGGCAGAUCUUAUAGUAUAACAAUUGGAUCAUGAAUGUAAUGAUCACUUUUAAGAAAAGACCAUGAUUUUGAAAAGAAAGGAACAUUAAUCAUUGAGUUUUGGAUCAUUUUAUCCUGGCCUGAAACCAUUGUUUUAAUUCCUAUCUCUUAUCUUGUAGUAUUGCCUUGAUGACUGUUGAUUUGUGUUGUAUUUAAGAGACAAAUGUAAGAAUUUGUUUCCAUAAAUUGCUGUGACAUUGUACAUAUACUUUUGUAUGAAGGGUGUUUUAUUAUUAAAGACCACAGUUUA